AGGUGUUCCAGAUGUUAUAGUCAUGGAUAUGGAUUUGAAUGUCAUUGCGAUUGGUGAAGUAUCACACGACAAGCCUGAUGAUGGAUUGUAUCAGUUGCUUGGGGCAAUGUUACGGGUUUAUCUGGAAACUGGGCUGCUGCCAUGUGGAAUUUUAUUAGCCAAAAAUUCAAUGCAUUCAUUUCAUAUGGUUAUCAUCAGUGGUAUACUUACAAGUGUUCUCUAGAAAGCUUUGGAGGGAUCGUGUCUAUACUAGAGAUGCUUAUUAACACUGUCUUACAUAAAAGGAGUGGAAAACCUGCUACUAAAGCACCAGAAGUACAACCAGAUGAUGCUGUAUUGAUUGCAAUUAGGAAGUUAACAAAGGAAGUGCAUGAGCUACCCAAGAGAGUAGCAGAAGCCAUUGUAACUAAUCCAAAUCAGAAAGCAAACAUUGAUGGUCCGUGAAGUAUUUGAGAAGCUUAUAACGUUAAUCCUAUUUGACAUGAUGAUAACUUUUUAAUUCAAA